AUGUAUCGAACCAUCCGAAAACGAAUCCAGCCCAUUGCAAGUAAUAAUAAUAAUAAUAAUGAUAAUCAUAAUGACACUCAAGAUGACAACGAUGACACCGAUGUUCCCUUUGAUGAGAGAAUAAACCAAAAAGUAGUCAAGAAGGAACCAGAAAUGAAAUCGGAAUCCUUGUGUCGGCCACGGUCGAUUGAUUUGUUGGCCUUACGACAACGACAAAAGCAGAAGCAGAAGCAAAGGGAAGGAGUGGCCAUUGCGAGGGCUUCGACUUAUAAUGCAGAAUCGACGUAUUCUCCAAGAAGAACACGAGCGGGCCUCAUUUCUCGAACGGCAGCGGCGAGCAAUCGAGACCAGACGACUCCGGACCUUGUCCCACCAGAGACAGCGACAACAACAACAACGACGACAUUGAAAACAACAGUCAUCUAUACUCCACUUCCAACAAGGUCCGAAACACCCAAGAACAAACCAGAUUCUACCGCACAAGAUGAUGCUUCCAAUGUGGUGCAAGAGAACAAUGAUGAUUCUUCUUCUUCCUCUUUUUGCAGUAACUAUACCUCGGACGAUGAUGACUAUACUUCCUCCUUUGGGUCGGGCGUCUCGUCACUGUCUGGUGUCUUUGCGGACCUGCAAAGUUCGAAUUAUGAUGAUGAUACUACCAAGUUGUUGGAGGAUGCCUCGCACUUGCAGCAAGAAGGAGAAACCACGUUGGGGGAUAAUACGACGCAACAUGAUUCCAUGGAAACCGAUGUGUCGGAUGACGAGGAUGACAAUUGUGAUAUUCAUGAUGAGGAAUACACAAGCUUUCGAAGGAACAACAAUAAUGCAAAUUGUCGAAUGAUGUGUUUUGUGGAUGACGCCUCGGACAGCGUUGGUUUGGAAGACUUUCUCGACACGGAUACAAAUCGCCACAGAGAAAAACAACAACGACACAAAAGUCAUUGGAAAAAGAAGCAAGUGACGCUGGAACCCGAGAAACCAAAAUCAUCUCUUUCCUAUGUUUGCGAAUCAUUGGAUUGCCUUGGACUAUGGAAAGGUUUGUGCUGGGGGAACGAAGAUGCUACCGUUGGACUCACUGCUGAGGUCGAGGGUUAA